GUUGAAUGGCCACACCGAGUGUGUGCACUACCUGCUUGAAGAGAAGGCCGAUGUGGAGCAAAGAAACAAGUUCGGGUGGACUCCGCUACUCUCCGCGGCUGCCAAGGGAAACCUCAUGCUGUCAGGCUACCUAAUCGCGCGGAUGGCGGACAUCCAGGUUCAGGACAAGCUGGGACGAACACCACUGCAUAACGCCGUUGCCGCUGGCUGUGACGAACUGGCCAAAGGUUGCUGGCAUGAUUUAGUUGACAUGGGUUCCUAG